AUGUUAAGAGUCGUGGCUCUUGAUACGUUCGAUCCCGAAGGUUCAAAAUACAUGCGGGAAGUAUUCCCUGAUGUCAUUGAACCCGAAAAUCCAUCUCACUCGUCAUGGCCUAAUUAUGCUGUCGGUGUAUUCGUCGCAAAGAGUAGAGUUACGGCAGACUUAAUACACCAAACGAAAAAACUGAAAUUUAUUGUCCGACAUGGAACUGGGUAUGAUAAUAUCGAUGUAGAGGCAUGCGAGAAGAAAGGGAUCAUUUUAUGCAACCUUCCAGGAAUCAGUGCUAUGAGCGUCGCGGAAGUGUCUUUAGCGCUCGUAGGUGCCUGCUCAAAGAAUCUUAUAGAAUUAUCAAGGCAGAUGAGGGAAGGGGAAAGAUUGAAUAAGAAAUUCAAAAGUCUCUAUUCAGUCACGUUACUUACAGGGAAGACUUUUGGGAUCAUUGGCGGCGGAAGAAUCGGCCAGCUUGCGGCGAAGAAGUUUAUCGGCGCCUACGAUGGGAAGAUAAUAUUGUAUGACCCUUACAUUCUACUCGACGGGUCGACCCCUUGGGACUCUAUCCCCCACGAUCGAGCUGCAUCGGUUCAAGAAAUGGCCCCGCUCGUCGAUGUAUUGUCCCUCCAUGUCCCCCUUCUUCCGACGACGAGGAACCUGAUUACGCUUCCGUUAUUAAAGACGAUGAAACGCACUGCAAUACUCAUCAACGUUGCACGCGGCAGUGUGGUUAACGAAGAAGACUUAUGGAUAGCGCUCAGGGAGAAUAUAAUUGCAUCCGCGGGGGUGGACGCCUGGGUAAGCGAACCGCCUACUAGGGAAGUUUAUGGUGAUGUUUUGGAUCUACAAAACCUAGUGAUGAGUCCACAUAUAGGUGGUUCUCCAGCAGAAGUGCAAACAGCGACUUGUAUAAGUAUGGUUGAUCAUAUGAAAGAGCUGAUCGAUGGAAGACCUCCUAGGGAUAGAGUAGUAUAG